AUGAAACUGCUCAUAUUCGGAGCUACAGGUGCAGUUGGCAAGUUGACAGCCCGAAAGGCGAUCGAGCAUGGCCAUGAAGUGACGCUUCAUGUCCGGGAUAAAAGCAGAGUGCCAGAAGAUAUCUCAAGCUCUGAUAAAGUCACGGUAGGACUUCUACUUCUUCCAUUUUCCAGACAAAACAUGCUCGGAUAUCUACUGAUUCCUUUUAAGGCAAUAUUCGAAGGUUCUCUAUCCGAUGAACCCUCCCUCUCUGCAGCCAUCAAGGGCCAGGAUGCAAUCCUAUCAUCCAUCGGCCCUAAGAACAUCUUCGGUGACUACGGCCGCCAAUUCACGGAUGGAUACCGUCUAAUUAUCAAAUUGAUGCACGAGCAUGGCGUUCGUCGUAUAAUUGCCAUGUCAACGAUAAGCGCUUAUGAUGAACGUGAUAGAUUUACUUUCAUGAGAUCAGCCGCGUACUGGACCGUGCACCUGCUAGGCCGUCGAGCGCAAAAGGAGAUUCUCGGUAUUGGGGACGUGUUCAAGAAGGACGGCGAGGGGUUGGAUUGGACGCUUUAUAGGGUAGGUGUGCUUGGGGAUUCGAAAGAGGAUGGCCGUGUGGCGCAGGCAGGCUGGGUUGGGGACGGUAAAUCGACCAUCUACUUGGAACGGAGGGAUUGGGCGAACUGGAUGAUUCAGGAGGUCGAGAGGGAGGAACCGAUGUGGGUACGAGAGAUGCCAGUGAUUUCUUCUCCGUAUUCAGCAGCGUUGUAA